UCGCACAUGUUAUUGUUUACUUUGUUCGUGCGAUAGAGUUUCUAUUGGCAAAAGUGUGAAAAUGCCGAAAGUACGCGUAGAAAAGAAGUCUCGCGUGCACAAUGAGGUUGCGAAGCAGGGUAUUGUGUUCAACAAGGACUUCGGUCAGCACAUUCUCAAAAACCCGCUCGUCAUCACAUCCAUGCUCGACAAGGCAGCCUUACGACCGACGGAUGUGGUCCUGGAAAUCGGUCCCGGUACUGGUAACAUGACGGUGAAGAUACUGGAAAAGGUCAAAAAGGUAGUUGCCUGCGAAAUCGAUCCACGGCUUGUGGCGGAAUUACAGAAGCGCGUCCAGGGAACGCACCUUCAACCCAAACUGCAGAUUCUCAUCGGUGAUGUGCUAAAGACCGACCUGCCCUUUUUCGACAUCUGCGUCGCAAACAUGCCGUACCAGAUCAGUUCACCGUUUGUGUUUAAAUUACUUCUCCACCGACCGUUCUUCCGCUGCGCCGUCCUUAUGUUUCAGCGCGAAUUUGCCCAACGGCUGGUCGCGAAACCGGGCGACAAGCUGUACUGCCGGCUAAGCAUCAACACGCAGCUGCUCGCCCGAGUCGACAUGCUGAUGAAGGUGGGCAAGAACAAUUUCAAACCACCACCGAAGGUCGAAUCCAGUGUGGUGCGUAUCGAACCCCGGAAUCCACCGCCACCGAUUAACUACACCGAGUGGGAUGGGCUGACACGGAUUGCGUUCUUGCGGAAAAACAAAACACUUGCCGCCGCCUUCAAGCAGACGACCGUACUGGCCGCCCUGGAGGACAACUACAAGCUGCACUGUUCGCUCAAAAACCUCGACGUGCCGGACGAUCUCAACGUGAAGGAGAUGGUCGACCGGAUACUGGACAAGCUGGACGCGGGUAACAAGCGCGCCCGGUCGAUGGACAUUGACGAUUUUAUGGCCGUGCUGCAGGCGUUCAAUGCGGAAGGUUUUCACUUCAGUUAGGGCGAGAG